AUGGCCGACUAUUUCUCUGAAUAUUCCUCGUUUGUCGGCGCCAAAGGCCUGCCAUCACCCGCCGACACGCCUUACGAAACACCCAAUUAUCUCCGUUCGAAACGCAGUUCACGCGCCACUGCCAGCUCUUCAAGAGAACAGUCUUCGUCUCCCCCGCCACUGCCUCUAGACUCGACAGAUGUCCAGGAUAAGACACGCGAUGCACCAUACACCGCUCUGGAUCCACGCCGUUUCACGCCCACGCUGCACGCGUCUCUGGUCUCCGAAAUUCUGAGCCUCAGGCGCGAACUGGAUUCGAAAAACAAUCUGGUCGAGAAUCUCGAGUCCACCUUAGCUGUGACACGCAAUGAGAACGAUCUACUCACCGCCCAGCUGUCUGAGAGGGCGAAAGAGAUUCGCAAAGCCAAGUAUCAAGUGCAGCAGAUCGAACAAGGAACCUAUGACGCUGUCGCAGAUCUGGUCAGGGAGCGUGAUGGUGCUCUGGAAGCACUUGAAGAUCUCAGGUCCAAGCUCGAGGUCGUCCAAAGAAAGACCAGACAGCAAGAUGAGGACGCGGAAAGGACGCAGAAUAUCUGGGAGAACGACAAGGAGUCGUGGGAUAAUGAACGUCGUCAGCUUGAACGGCGAAUUCACGUCACAGAAAGUCGCCUACGUGCUGUCGUUGACGAGAUGUCACUUCAACAAAGCCACAUGCAGGCCGACCAAUUCGUUGACGAAAUUGCUUUUAAAGACAGCGGUCUUGGCAACGACAGCGAUACUGCGAGCAUCCGCUCUUUCAACUCACCCGUUAAGCAUAAACGUAACAUGAGCAAUGUCAGCUUCCGGCACAAGAAUACACGCGCCUCCGUUUCUUCAAGGACGACUGCAGCGACGCCAGAUCUCUAUGCAAGGCCUGGCGGCACUCUAGCAGAUGAGCUUGGAAUAGACGAAGAGGACAAGCCGGAAAUUGACGGCUCUGAGCAAGGCGACGAAUAUCAGGAACUGUCAGAACGUGCGAGACGUACUCUCCAUUCGCGUCAAAAUUCCGUGACGGGAGACGUCGACACGAAGGCUAAGCGCGUCCUUGGGCUGUCCACUGACUCGCAUGACACGCCAGCCGCGAAAGAUCUACCUAAGCCGGCGUCCUCUGAAACUGCAGCGCUGCAGGGUCCGACUAAGCUGUAUCUCGACCGAGCAACCACGCCGCCACCCGCUGGAUUUCAUAUGCCGGAGCCCGCCCCUCGUGCUGAAUAUGUCGACACCGGCUACCAACCGUCUCCUCCCAGCUCUCCUCCAAGGGUGGAAGUUGUACAAGCUGGGGAUGACAAAGCGGAGACUGACGAGCUCCAUGAGAUCCACGACACUGACGACGACGCCGAAAUGCGACCGCCCGCGAUUGACACAAGCGGGUUACAACAACCAAGACGUGAGGUUCCAACAAAGCCAAUAAGCCCGCCCCAGACACCUGUGGUUGACGGUACAACAUGGCUUCACGAAAAGGCAGCCUUCUUGGUGCCACGCCCGUAUAGCACAGCAUCCACGCAGACCGAAUUGGUGAAACCGGAACAACCAAAAAGUGGUCACACUCCCAAACGCGACAGUCUUUCUCCCCCGAUGUUCGUGCCAUCUAUUGCGAUUAUACCGCCGAACUCUCGACCAUCUUCUCCACGCCCAUACGCUUUGCCGCCAGGAACCAAGAAUGCCGAUUCACAGGCAAACCUUGUGUGGCCAAGCAAGGAUGCUUGGGUGCAGACUGAAGAGAUCCGCAUUGACAGACGACCUGUGAAACUCCCGCCUCACCUGUUGCCAGGCGCAUUGUUGCCCAGCCCAACUUUCCAAGAACAACCACGCGGGAAGGGCCCUGCAGUUGGACGCACUGCGAGCCUCUUCAACAAGAGGAAGAGCCCGCCUGCGAUAAGCAUUCCCUGUUCGCCGCCAUUCCACUCUUCGAUCGAGUCAAGCCCGGAGAUGUCUCGCAAUCAGAGCGCCAAGGAUUUGCGUACUUAUCCACUCAAGGCACUUCCUCUGCCAAGGCCUGUUCUGUCGCCGCCGCUCCCACCGACAGAGACUUUCACUAGUAACGGCCCUUUGAAUCGAUCAUCCCAAUACGGAGUCACUCAACCUCGUCUAGAACAGCAGCACUUCACUGAUGUUGAUCAAUCGACUGAUCAGAGCGAUGAUGACGAGCUUAUGGAAGAUGGAGAUAUCACCGGAUCAAUCCCAGCUCUCAGUCGCCCACCAUUAGGGAGAUUUGGUCUCUCAGAUCCUCCCAAGGCUGUUCCUGAGGACAAGGAGAUCUCACCCGAAAGGCGCCCUUCAACAGCAGAUUCGCACGGAGCUGCACCGGCUCCUUCAAUCUCCAGCAGUCGUGCAGCAUCUCAACGUAGACAUGCUCGACCGCCGACCAAACUGUCGAAGCCAGUUAGUGCGGCAAGUGCCAACCGAGACUUUCGCUCGAGAAGCCCAAGCUUUGGCAGCAUGGCUUCAAGCAGCUACAGUACAAGCUCUACAAUUCCUAUGCCACCGUUCCCAGUGCCAUUGCGCACGAGCUCGCGCAUUGUCGGCAAGCCCCACAGCGAGGGUUCGCAAAGCCCAACGCCAUACGACGGAUUUGGCAUGCGCGGUGGUCGUGGUGGCCGUGCACAGCAUGCCCGGCAGGUCAGUCUCAGAAAGGUGCAGUCCGCAGCUGUCAUGAGGAAUAUGUCGGGGAGGGGCUCUCCUUCGAAAGGCAGAGUCUCGCCCACAAGAGCUGUACGAAUUUCUCCAACCAAAGGUCAUCGCAGGCGACGCCGCUCUCCAGAUCUCACGCCUGUCCAAUCCAUGGCCUUCGAAAGUCCAGCACCAACGAACUUCCCCAUCCCGGAGCUCCCGACCCCCCUUCAGGAUAGCUUAAGGUACAACAAGUUCGUCAAGGGUUCCGUCGAUGUGACCAGGUCUCCAGGCGCAAGCAGUGGCGCUCGGGUGUCCGAGGAGACAAAUCUUGUCGACGCCAUCGCUGGCACCAUGGUUGGCGAAUGGAUGUGGAAGUACAUUCGCAAGCGAAAGUCAUUUGGCAUUGGCGACGACACUUCGGAAUUCCCAGUGGCUGAUCAGAACGGACUUGUCAGCAAUACCGGACAUGGCACCCGACACAAGCGCUGGGUUUGGCUGUCGCCAUAUGAGAGAACCAUUAUGUGGGAUACAAAGCAGCCCAAUUCUGGUGCUGCCUUGCUAGGCAAGAAGGGACGCAAACUGGCCAUCCAAUCUGUGCUUGAUGUGCAAGAUCGCACUCCCUUGCCUAAGAACCCUGAGCUUAGUGCUGCUUGGAAUCGGUCUAUCCUGAUUUUGACUCCGGAACGCGCACUGAAGUUCACAGCUACCACCGAGGGGCGACAUAGCUUAUGGAUGACUGCCUUGUCCUUCUUGGCACAAUCUGGCCAAUUACCAAACCAGAUUCCUCCACUACCAAAUCGUAAACCUCCUCUUCCACCAUCAAUACCCUCUACGUCCAUCGACGGUGUGUCAAUCAAACGUCAUCGGUCGCCAUCCUUCGGACGAUCGAACGUGCGAGAUUCGAUACGCCUUGCAAAAGGAAAGAAACCAGAAUUGCAACAAGUGCAAUCUUACCCGGAACAGAUCUACGGGCAUGAUACCAUGGAAGCUGAAAUCGGCGCUGCAGAGAACGACAGCGCAGACUUCCCGGCUGUUCCUCGUCUCUACAUCAGCACCACGAAACACUCGCGUAAACGGAGCAAUACCAAUCCCGGAUUGUCUCAGUCAAUGCACAACUUCCGAAGCUUCUCAUCUAGCGCUGUGCCGUCCUCCGCUUCUUCUGGCAUGCCGCAUAGGUCGACAAAUGGUUCAUCAUUCCGUCCAAGCGUCUCUUCAACCAAGAGCGGUAGCUGGAGAGAUUCCAUGGCCAGUCCGUUGCAGCCGAACUUCUUCGAAGCCGUCGGCACUGUACGAAUGGAGGCGUUCGUUGACCCGAACGUUAGAGACGGCGUACUGUACGUGCCAGCUCCACCACCUGUCAUUGGUGCAACCCGACGGCCGCGACGAGCCAGCAAUCUCAGCCAAUCUACUGUUGACAAGCGAAGAGCAGGAUAUGUUUUCGAUGAAGACGGCAUGGACCCUUUCAAAGGAUUCUAA